UUAAGAUACUUCGCGAUAUGGUCGGAUGUUGACUUCAUGUGUGAUUGAUGUUAUUAGUUUAAGCCAAAAUUAUAAUUUGUAAAUAACAAAUAUUAUUGUUAUUACAUUUCAAUUUCAUACUCCUAAUACAUUCUCGGUGUUUUGGAAAAAUAACAACAUAAACUUUCUAUAGUUAGUUUAAUAUUUAUGAAGAGUAUGUUCUUUACGUCGAAAGAAAAAGUAUUUGAAUUUCGGCUCCCAUUCCUAUUACUAUAGUAUUAGUAGUAACCGUUACAAGAGACUUAAGCUGAACUAGGGUUAACCUAGUUGAAAAAAAAAAAGUAAAUAUGUCACUAUGUAGUCUCAGCGUCCGGCCUUUAGCACAGAUAUGUAAGUGGACUCUCAGAAAUGCAUCGCAUACUAAGGUGACCAAUUUAUUCAGCCAGAGAUGUUUAGCAACAUCAACUAUACUGAUGAACAAUGUCACACACUCUCAGAAUAUGGAUAAAAAAACUCAGCAAUCAACAGUAACUUUAAGAACAGUUGAAUUGAUGAAAGAAAUAGAAGAACUAGUUGAUGAUGAUGAGACGAGAGAUUACUUCAUACCCCUUACAAGUCAUUCUCUGGUUCGCCAUUUGCUGGAGGAAGACUUUUUCUCACAAGAGGAAAGGAAACUGAUGGAACAAUUAGCUUUAGCCUUGGAUGGAAUUGCUGUCAAUCGUUAUCAGGGUCUUGUUCAGGAGUUAAAGGGUCUUUUUGACUCUCUAAAUCCUGACAGAGACACUGUUAGCACCAAGCACGUCCCACUUCAUGAUCGUCUUGACCAAGAAUUCUGGUUACUCCAAAGGCUAGCUAUCAUCAUGGAAAAAGCUAAUUUCUAUGAACUUCCUGGUCAUAUUGUACAGGCUGCUCUCGAAGAACAUCAAACUGGAACAGGAGUGAAGGUAAAAGUUGAUACAGCUAAGUAUGCUGUUCUGAGAUUCUGGACUCUUGGUAAGGAAUUACCUACAAUUCCACUUUCUUGGCAUCAAAAAAUAACAGGUUUAUUGAUGCAGUUGAAAGUUCCUCAGUUUCUUGAAAGGUACAAACAGAAGGUCAAGCGCCCAAAACCUCUACAGUUUUACAAGCGAGUGGUGGUUGCUGUUCGUCUGAGAACUGACCACAAGCUCUUUUUGAAAGGAUUUCGAGACAUUCCAGUGCAUACACUAGAGCAGCUAUUACCCGAAGGUAAAGUUCACAUGUCAGACUUUCAAAAAACAGUCUUGACAACAUCACUCUCUGCCAGUGGUCUAGGUAUCCUAGCUAAAAUUGUCACCUACCUUGCAGGAUUCCAGAUUCAAUGGACAGUUGGUAUAGCAGCACUGAGUGCAUUAGUUGCUGCUCGCACGUGGCUGAUGUUUACAAAAAGAAAAACAAAACAUAUAGCCGACAUGAACAGAAUUCUUUAUUUCAAGAACAUUUCCAAUAAUCGUGGACUUUUAACACUGCUGAAAGAUCGAGCAGAAGAUGAGUUCUUUAAGGAGGUUUUGUUGGCCUAUACUUUCCUGUUGGUGGAACGUCCACCAUCUGUUAAAAUCAAACCAAGUCAAAAGCAAAAACCUGAAGAAUUAGGUGGGAUUACUCAAGGUCUGCUUGAGAAACAGAUAGAAGCGUGGGUUCUUAAAAAGCUGGCUGCAAAAGUAGAAUUUGAAUCUGAAGAAGCUGUUGAAUUUUUAGAAUCUUUAGGUCUUCUGAGUCAUCAAGGAGAGCUGUUGCAUGUUGUGCCAUUAUCAACAGCACUUCAACUUCUUCCUUCUCCUCACACUUCUUUUGCUGCUCGAACAUUAGGAGAAGAUAUACAUGAAGGUUAUGACAAAGACUUAAUGCUUGACAACCUUAUCAGGGAAGAAAUGAAAAAAUUAAGGUAUAGCUGGGACUGAAUUAUUUCUUAAGUCAUUGUUUAACAAACAAUAAAAAUUGGGGCAUUCUUAUAAGUCAGAGCAGUUAUGUUUAGUAUUAUUAGCAUUGUAGGAUCUGAACUGGUGAAAAGGUUCAAGUUACAUGCUUUUAGGAACAUAAGUAGUUACUAGUUAUAAUGGGAUGUGGUGUUUUAGAUAGCUUUUUUCCUGCAUUCAAGUGUAUUUAAAAUUGGGACUGGAUGUAUGUUUUUAUAUAACAUGCUGGUAGUUGUCUUAUGUUAAAUUGUGUGUAUUGUGCUUCAGAAAUUGUUUUCUGUAAACAUUUGAAACACAGAUUUCAUUUUGUACUCUAAUACAUUGCCUACUAAUAAACAGUUUAUAUUCACA